AUGAAUUCUUCAUACCAACUUAUUGAUGAGAAUGACAAAAAGAGUUAUCUUCCUUUAAUUAUUAGUAUUUUUAGUGGCCUCUUCUUUAUAAUUUCAUUAAUUUUAAUAAUUGUUAUUUGGGGAUAUCCAAUUAUUCUUCCUGAUCCAAAACAAAGUAAUGAAGUAGUAAAUUUUUUUAAAACAGUACAAAAGCCAGUAAAUGAAGUUAUGAAUAAUGUUGAUACAAUCACCUUAAGUUUAAAAAGAGCAAAUGUAUUUUCUCAAAUUUUAGCUUCAAAUGUUAACGAAACAAUUCUUCAAAUUAAUAACUCUAUUCAACAAGAUUAUCAAUUAGUGGUUAUUCUUUCUGAAAUUAUUGAAGGUUUUGUUCAAUUUAUUACAAGUAUUAAUAAUUCUAUACUUGGAUUUAUUGUUGAUGAUUCAUUUGUUGAAAAAAUAAUCAAAUUAAAACAACAAUUCCAUUUAUUCUUACCUGAAAUAAAUAUGAUUCAAAAACUCCUUAUUGAUAUUAAUUCAAAUUUUAAGGGAUUUCUUACUGUAUUUGAUUUUAUUGCUUAUAGAAUGGGAUUAGUACAGCAGUACACUAAAUCUUUAAGUCAAAUUUUUGUAUCUCUUAUUAAUGGAGUUGAAUUAUCAAAUAAUAAAGCCCAAUUCAUUAUAAACAGUUGGACUUAUACUAGGUCUAUUCUUACAAUAAUUUGCCUUUUUGUAUCUAUAACAUCGUUGAUUCUUGCAAUUGAAGGAUUCAUUCAUUAUCGUUCAAAAUAA